AUGGCCGUUUUCCUUACUCAAUGGUAUGUAAACUGAGUGUGGCUCACGAUUUAACGAUUUGUAUACAAUUAUGGAUUGCUUUGAAGUAGAUUUUCCGGCGUCAAUGGGAAGACGGGGAGGACGAAGAGGGUUUAAAGUGGUGGCGGAGGUAAUCCAAAGCUGUCUGCCGGCUGUACAGAUGAAUUGGGUACCUGCCAGCUGGGGUUGGGUUAACCCCAGACGCCGCCAGCCGUUUCGAUAAGAGUCGUGUGCGAAGUAGGUGAGGCAAACCAUGACGCGUCCGACGUUAGGAAGCUCCUUGGGAAUUGGAUCACUAUCUCCAUUUAGUAUCCAAUUUCUGGGUUGUUUCGCGGAGGAUCUUAAUUCUUCUCACUUUCCCAUUUCGAGUUGUUUAUCCACUCCAAUUCCAAGUCUUUUCGGGGGACUAACAAAGCUCUUUCACAGUCUACUAACACUUUCACACUUGUUGACCUCCAGAAUCAUAUUUAGCAACAUGGUACAAUAACAAAGUUCCAUUCCAUUCAUCUCUAUAGUCUCGAGAUCAUAUUCUCCAACUGCUGUGGUUAUAGAUUCAGAAGAGUUUUGUGGUCUGAGAAAGUAGCAAUCAGAAGAUGUGGAAUUGUUUUUCCAACGUUUUGAGUUUUGAAUGAAGUGUAUGAGCCUAUUUUGAUUUCUUAUGAAGAGCAUAGAUAUUUCAGCAAGUGGAUUUGUUUACCUAGUUCUGCUGAUAUUUUCAUGCCAAACCUUGAUAUUCCCUUGUGCAGCAAAAGACACCCUUUCAUUUGGGCAAUAUCUCACCAACUCUGAAACAAUUGUUUCAGAGAGUGAAGUGUUUGAACUGGGAUUCUUUUCCCCUGGGAAUUCAACCAUUUACUACUUAGGAAUAUGGUAUAAGAAAGUCAAGGAGCAAACUGUUGUAUGGGUGGCAAACCGAGACUUUUCAUUUUUCACUUCUUCUGCAGCUCUUACAGUUACUGAUGAUGGUAACCUUGUGAUUUUGGAGGGCAAGAUAUCUUACAGGGUGACAAAUAUAUCACUGUAUAAGAAUGUCACUGCUACACUUUUGGAUACUGGAAAUCUUGUUCUGAGAGAUGAAAACUUGAAUAUCUUAUGGCAGAGCUUUGACUUCCCUUCUCAUACAUUCUUGCCUGGAAUGAAGCUUGGGUAUGAUAAAAGUUCAGGAAGAAAUUGGUCAUAUGUGUCUUGGAAAAGUCCUGAAGAUCCUAGUCCUGGAAAUUUCACCUUGGUGUGGGAUGCAGAGACAAGUGCGAUGAUAGUCAUGAAUGGUUUACAAAUUUAUUGGAAGUCUGGGGCUUGGAAUGGCCAGAUUUUUAGCUUGAUGCCUGAAUUGAUCAGGUUAAAUUACUAUUAUAAUUUCACCUAUGAUUCUGAUGGGAAAAUGACUUAUGUCACCUAUGAUCUCUAUGAUAAAAGUGUUAUUUCUACACAUGUAGUGGAUAUAUCAGGCCAAUUGAGACAAUUAUCGUGGCUAGAAAGUUCAAAACAAUGGAAUCUCUCUUGGUCACAACCAAGACAACAAUGCGAUGCUUAUGCAUUUUGUGGGGCAUUUGGGAUCUGCAAUGUGACGUCUUUACAUUUUUGUAAUUGCUUACCAGGAUUUGAACCACACUUUGAGGAGCAAUGGGGUCAAUUUAACUAUUCUGGAGGGUGUACAAGGAAAACUGGCUUGCAGUGUAGCUAUAACAGUAAUUUCAAGGGUCUAGGAGAUAGAUUUAUUAAGCUGACCAAAGUGAGACUGCCAGACAGUCCACAGGCAGUAGUAGUUCCGAGCAUUGAUGCCUGCAGGUUAUCUUGCUUGAAUAACUGCUCAUGUGUCGCUUAUUCUUAUUUUGGGGGUAAUUGUACAGUCUGGGGCAAGGAUCUCAUGAAUAUGGCAACACUGUUGGAUACUGACACUCUUGGGAGAGAUUUUUAUCUCAAACUUGUUGCUGCUGAAUUGGAUACUGAAAAUACAAAUGCAAAAUACAGAAGGAUAAUCCUCUGGAUAUUCGUGCUGCUUGUUUCUCUGGAAUUGCUUUAUAGGGUAGCAAUGCGCAUUGUUCGAGUGCUGAAGGACAAACACAAAAGUAGAGGUCUGAAAUCUUUAUGAUUUUAUAUAUCUGUUGAUGAAGCAAGUUAGUUUUGUUUUCUUUUAGGGUCAUUUUUGAAUCAAUCUGCCAGUUAGCUUUUGCACUAAAAUCCAAUUAAGUUCAACUAUAUGCACUUGUUCUGAUGGCUAUUUCCUGCUCUUUAAUUAUCAAGAAGGGGAGGACUUGUUAUCAUUUGAGUUCAGCAUUAGUCCAGGAACCACCAAGCAUGAUGUGACUGAACCAAAAAAGCCCAGGAAAGAUAAGAAGGAAGUGGAGAUUCCUCUAUUCAAUUUUUCUAGUGUAUCUGCUGCUACCAAUAACUUCUCUGCCGCAAAUAAACUUGGAGAGGGUGGGUUUGGACCUGUAUACAAGGGAAAAUUAUUAAAUGGACAUGAGGUAGCUGUAAAAAGGCUUUCAAGAAGUUCUGGUCAAGGAUGGGAUGAAUUAAAAAAUGAGGCAAUGCUUAUAGCCAAACUUCAACACAAGAAUCUUGUGAAACUUCUUGGUUGCUGCAUUGAAGGAGAUGAAAAGAUACUUAUCUAUGAGUAUUUGCCGAAUAAAAGCCUGGAUUUUUUCCUCUUUGGUUCAACCAAGCAUACUGUACUUGAUUGGAGAACUCGCGUUAGCAUCAUUGAAGGGAUUGCUCAAGGUCUACUUUACCUCCACUGCUUCUCUAGGUUACAAAUUAUUCAUAGGGAUUUGAAAGCCAGCAAUAUUUUGUUGGAUAAAGGAAUGAAUCCUAAAAUUUCAGACUUUGGAAUGGCAAGAAUUUUUGCAGGA